UAAUUAUCUCCACCCUCGGCUCCUAACAAACAGGUGCGGCGCCAGAGCGCCUCACCUGUGCAGGACUCUAACCAGGCGCGCGCGCCUCACUCCGCUCCCGACUCCCGCGCCGCUCGCACCGCUCCGACCUCCGACCUCCGCCUCCGUCCAGCACGAUGCCGAGCCAGCUCGAGGGCGCCAUGGACGCGCUGAUCGCGGUCUUCUACAACUACUCCGGCAACGACGGGGACAAGUACAAGCUGAACAAGGGCGAGCUGAAGCAGCUCCUGAACAGCGAGCUCAACAGCUUCCUCACGUCUCAGAAGGACCCGCUGCUGGUGGAGAAGAUCAUGAACGACCUGGACUCGAACAAGGACAAUGAGGUGGACUUCAGUGAGUUUGUCGUGUUGGUGGCCGCGCUGACCGUCGCCUGCAACGAGUUUUUCCAGCAGAAAGAGCAGCAGAUGAAGUCCAAGUAGUGAAGCGGCUGUAAAUCCCCAUCUGUCGUCACAUUAAAUGACCCAGUGGCUGAGAGGUUAGCGACCACUGGCCGUUUAGGUGUAAAAGCUGUUUGAGAUCAAACCUGUAGUUACUGUAAUGUUGUAGUAAUGUUUAAGUUAUUUUCUUUUUCACUGCGUGUGUUUUGAGAAUUUACCUGUUCAACUAUUGAAAUAAUUGAAAUUAGUGGCACUUGCCCUUUAAAAAACACUUUGUCAUUCAAACAUUUAUCAUAAAACCCUUUUAUUAAACUAUUUUAAAUGUUAAUUUUUGUACAUUUAGUCUUUGAGGUGUUGUAAGAGCCUCACUGGCCACUUUAUUAGGUACACCUGCUUUGUUUAAUUCACAUAAAUCUUCCUCUCUCUCUUUGUUGGCAGUGGUUCAUAUUAGCUACUUUGAAUUGAACUGUUCAUAACAACAAAGUGGCCAGUGAAUGUCUAUGGGAACAUCUUCAUCUUCACACUUUGAGCUCUGUAACUAAUGAGAACAAUCGCAUUAUAAUGAACCAAAUAAACUGCACAUCUUCUGGAAACAAGAA